AAACUCUUGCCCAUCUUGGCUUCAAUUCUAUCUCCAUGAACUUUAAAUAGCAUUCACCACUAUCUUAAAUCACCAUCAUCAUGGGUGGUCUUGUAAGUACCGUGUUAGGGCAAAAUAAAUGCUCAACAAGAGAGGAGGCAUCAAAGAAGAGAAAACUUGAAGAAGAGGAAAUAGAUGAACUUCUGAAAACUCCUAAAGUAAAAAAGCUGAAAACCACAUCUGAAUACAUCUAUGAAACCCUCUUCAAGAACGGAGAAAACUCUGAUGUGACUCUCGUGGCUCUGGGGAAAUGUUGGCACUUACAUCGAGUGUAUCUCAGGCAGAGUCCAUACUUUGAAAGUAUGUUCACUGGCAACUGGAAAGAGUCCCAUGACAGUGUGGUCAGCAUGACCAUCAUGGAUGACAAUGUAACAGUUGAAGCUCUAGAAAAGACGCUGGGGUUCCUGUACCGCGAUGAGCUGAGCGUGACAGGAGAGCAAGUGGUGGGGGUGUUGGCUGCGGCAGUACUGCUGCAGCUAGACCCUGUCAUCCAGUAUUGCUCCUCAAUAAUGCGAGAGACAAUCAACAGCCGCACCUUCCUCCAGUAUUUCCAUGUUGCCAACAGAUACGGUGUGUUGGAAGUUGAAAAGCUCUGUGUGGAGUGGAUAGAGCGCUGUCUGCUCACGUCCCUCAGUGAUCACUGUGUGGAACUUCGUUCUCUGCCGCUGGAGAUGCUACAAAAAGCACUCGCCUCCCCUAGCCUAUUCGUCAUCCAGACUGAGUUUUCUGUCUAUGUCUUCCUCAAAAUGUGGCUCUUCCUGCAGCUCCAUCCAAACUUCGAAGGCAGUUUUGAUGAAAUUUCCAUUGAAGCUCUUAAAUACUUCAAAGGUAGACAGGGGCCAUGCUUCUUGGAUUGCGAAGAGGGCGUAAAAUAUCGGGGUAUUUUCUGGCAACUGCGCCUGGUGUACAUCUUGAACCAUUACCUGGACAUGGAGCUCAUAGCAGCUGACAACAUCCUGCCCAGACAAUGGCUUCAGCCCGCCAUCACACGCCAGUGGUACAACCUGCUCAGACUGUCUCAAGGAAAGGAUACGGGACCGUCGGAGCUGCCUGAGGAUAUUUUCGACCGGGAAUGCGUGCGGUGUGGGCGCUGUUUUUACAGCAGCUCGCAGCACAUCUGGCGCUGGACGGGCUUCAACUUUGAUCUGGAUUUAGUACUCUUCUUUGAUGGAUCAAAAUUAACUAUGAAGCGGAACAACCGAAGGCCUAUCAUGUUUCCAGCCAUAGAUGCCAGAAAAAUAAUGUUUAGAGUAACGAUGGUGGACGGACAGCGCCAACAAGGAUUCUCUCAAAGCUCUGGACUGCGCAGCAUCACCUUUGGACGUCACGAUGAAGUUACACUCCUUCAACUAGAUCGUACAGACCUUAAAUAUCCUCUGUACCUGAGUGCGAAUUUUCUGGUUUUUACGCCGAGUGAAAAUCUGCCUCUGAUCCGUGACUACGAACUUCUGCAGACGAAUCCAAGUUCACCGCCUGCCAGACUGCACCGACGGAAAGAUAUUCUUCAGCGAGAUUCCAUUCCUGCUUACUCUGGUUUGUCAGAUGACUCUGCAGAUAAUUUCGAGUCCUCGCUUAACGUUGACAACAUCGGGACCAAUGCUGAAAACGGAAAUAAUUUUUAUUCUUCUGGACUGUCAAACCCAGUCGCCAGUUCGAGCGGUAUACACGCCGCUUGUUCUGGUAUUUCUGCCUCUAAAAUAAGACCUCUUGCAUCGAAAGAGAAGUGGACGCUAUCCACUCCUCCCUUAUUCAAUCAGCCGUCGGAUUCACAGCGGCCUGGUCUAAUCGUUCUUGACGUUUCUGAUCUUUUAGGCCGGCAACCGCAUGACAAAGAGUUACUCAAAAAUAGGAUUUUUGAAGCGGUCCGACGAGCUUGUGGAAAUGCAGAACUUGGCAACGAUGACUCAACGCUCGCACAAGCAGAGCAAGUGCACAAUUUUGGUGUCCAAGAAUACAAUGAAAUUGAAAACAAUGAACGGGAGAACGAUGGGCUAAAUGCCGGAAAUCCUGUCGUUGAUGAAGUUGCAGACGAUGUGCGUGAUGUGGAUGACAAUGAGCGAGAAGAUCUUGACGAGCAAGAAGAUGAGAGUAGUGACGAUGAGCGUAUCAAUGUUGAUGGAGGGCUUGAAAUUGCCGAUGAUCAAGUGAGUGAUGAUUCAGACGACGCCCUCAUUGAAGGUGAUUUAAGUGACGAUGAGGACUUGAACCUCCUAGACGUCGGUCGGAACCAACCAGUUGUAGAUUAUGUCUACUUGGAUGAUAAUAUCGAAGAAGAAUCUAACUCAGAUGAUGAAAUAGCUAGGUAAUUGCAAUUGCACCCACAAGUGAUGAUUUUGCUGCUGAGUCAUGUUCGUAAUAGUUGAAUAUUUACUUAUCCACAAACUUAAUCUAAUGAAAUAAAAACUUGGAACGUUUAGGUCGGGAAUAGCAAGUAGAUGUUACCUGAAAAUACGUCUAGUUUCGCUAUUUUUAUGGUUUAGAUAUAUACGAUUCAUGGGUAUAGAAUUAUAAGAAUUUUAUUUUGUUCUAAAUGCAAAAACAUUGCGAUUAAUCCUUCGUCUUGUUCUAUUUACAUCUUUAAAAAGAUAUUAUUUAACCUUGUACGAUUAACUAGCUGGUUACCUUAUCUGAAUGCGUUUUUUACUGGAUAUAACCAAUUAGUAAUUACCUACUUGGCUUACGUGCUCUGUUCGUUUUUAUUAUUCUAACGUAUGGUAGGAGAAUACGAAAUCUAAUGUGCAGUUUAUAUAAAUAUUUUUUAUUUCUAAUUUUCUAGGUGGUUGUGUUGUUUCUGUUUUUGAUACAUUUUUAAAGGUAGUUUUUUAUUACUAAAAUUUAGAGAUGAGAAUCAAGCGAGUUGCAUGAUGCCGUUUGAGUUUAGUUAUCACAUGGAUUUUUCACGUGUGAAUUCAGGCAAAUAAUGUUGAUAUGUGGAUCAAUUGCUCCAGAACCCGCCAGCGUUUCUAAUUGCUGAACAUAACGUUUUAGAGUUUGAAAGUGAACGUUGAGAAGAACGUUUUGAUCCAGAAAACUAGGAUCGCAUAUAAAGGGCUCUAUUCAAUCAUGUUAAUCUUUGCGCCUGUACACUCCUGUGCCGCUAUUGAAAGAAAGAAAGUUGUAUAU